AUGAGCUAAUGAGGAUCACACAAUUUAAAAUGAGUGAUCCAGAUCUUAGAAAUUCUUUAGCUUCAAACAUAAAAUUCAGAGAGAAUCUCAACUCGUAAUUAAGGGGCAACAAUGUACAAAGAAAGAGAUUCUAGCUUGUUGAUUGGACUUGGACCACUAGCCUAUAACCUGGCUUUAAAUUAUUUGAUUUGGACAUGUAAUAAACUCGUCACGUAGAAAUCCCACAACACCAACGUGACGAGCACCAACCAAACCAACCCUAAUAAACCAACCAAAUGAUAGAAUCACUGUGAGGCCAAUAUCUUCCUUCAUUGCCAUAUUAAUCCCCCAUUAGUUAUCCUAAUUCCAACCCACCUUUUACUUCACCCGCACGGUAUGUUUUCUCUCCUUUGUUUGCCGCCGGAUCUGUAUUUUCCCUCGGCUUCUUGUGCUUGUCUGUUUCUACGCUUUCAAAUCCUUGCGAAUACGGGUUACACGAUGAUCUUACAGCUAAAUCCGCGUUUUGUUUUCGUGUCCAGAGCAAUGCGACUUGAAGCCGCCAUGGUAGGAGGGGAACAGCUUUCAUCUGAUCAGCGAGGUGCAGGAACAGCUUGCAUGGACAACGAAAGACGGGAUAGUUAGGGAUGGACGGAGAGAAUCAUAAAUCGAGGAGAAGAAGCAUAAGUUCAAUCCGAACUGAAGUUUACUGAACUUUUCUUCAGAUGGGGGUAAAGAUGAAAGCGGAGAUUACUUGGAUGAUAUUCUCUUUCAGUCCGUGGAGAUGGAUCCACGCACGUCAACUGGCGAGCUGAGAAUAUUUGUGGGAACUUGGAAUGUCGCGGGAAGGUCUCCAGUAGGGAGCUUGGCAGUAGAUUUGGAUGAGUGGCUGAAUCUUAAGGAUGAUGCGGCAGACAUGUAUGUUCUCGGAUUUCAGGAGAUCGUACCUUUGAAGGCCCGAAAUGUGAUAGGAGCGGAAGACCCAACCGAAGCAAGAAACUGGAACCUGCUGAUAGGAAAAGCUCUCAACAAAAAACUCGGGUGCCCUUGGUUGACGCCCAUUGUGAAUCCAAUUUCAAGUGAGAACUACCACUACGUGCAAGCUUCUGAACCCGAACCUGAAAUCACGAGAGAGCAAUCAAGAACUGAACAUGAAAAGCCAGAGAGUGUGAGUAAGUACAAGCUGAUGGCAAGCAAGAAGAUGGUUGGAGUCUUCAUUACUGUAUGGAUGAAAAGUGAAUUGGUCAAAAAAUAUAAAAUUUCAAAUGUUAAAGUUUGUUCCGUGGCCUGCGGCAUCAUGGGUUAUUUGGGAAACAAAGGCUCGGUUUCAGUUAGCAUGACGAUUGAAGGAACUAGAUUUUGCUUCGUUGUAGCCCAUCUAGCUUCUGGUGAGAAGAAAGGAGAUGAAGGCAGAAGGAAUCAUCAAGUCACAGAGAUUUUCAAGCGAACUUCUUUCCCUCGAUCCCCUUCAGACAACGAUAUUCCUCAUCCUCUCACCAUCUUAGGACACGAUCAGAUUUUUUGGUUCGGGGAUCUAAACUAUAGGCUAUACUUGGAGGACAAUUCAGCCAGGCAGCUGAUAAGGAAACUAGACUGGAGAGCGUUGCAAGAGUUUGAUCAGCUUCGUAUGGAACGAGAAUAUGGUGGGGUAUUUCAGGGUUGGAUGGAGGGAGCUUUAGAAUUUGCACCAACCUAUAAGUAUUCUUCAUCAAACUGCAAUCGCUAUUCAGGUGGGCUUCCAAGCAGAUCAGGAGAGAAGCAAAGGACUCCAGCAUGGUGCGAUAGAAUUAUGUGGUAUGGAAAAGGAGUGACGCAGCUCUCUUAUUUCCGUAGUGAAAGUAAGUUCUCUGACCAUCGCCCUGUCUCUGCCCUAUUCUCAACACAGGUAGACGUACUGCAAUCUACUAAUCCAAGAAUGGUUUCAAUGCAUACUAUUCUUCCCGUCAUACCAACUCUUAAAGAAAUAGUACAGAGAGACCGUGACGAAGAGGCCAGGUCUACAUUAUUAUCAAUGAUCUUAAAGGAUAUAGAAGAAUCACCAGCAGGAAAUGCAAGUUGAAUAGAACAAAUAGAUGACAGCGGUUGCAGCUAGCGUUUAGCAAGUUGUGUUCUUCGAUGCAUGCUCUCAAAUGUUUAUAGAAAUGAGCUGAAAUAAUAUAUGGAAAGGUUUAAAAUGCAAAUUCAGCAGUACGCAA